AUGGCCGCUGUUCAACCCGCCGCCUCGGCGUCUUCAGCCUCGGCGUCUUCAGCCUCGGCGCCGGCAGGCGAACCGCCGAUACAAACCCAGACACAGACACAGAUGCAGAUACAGAUGCAGAUACAGAUACAGCAGCCCCAAAGGGCCGCCAAGCGGGCCUUCCGCGACAGCCCCGGAAACAGCUCGCUCAAGAAAUGGAAGCCCAAAAGGACAAAGCGGGAGAGGAACAUGACCGAGGGUUCGUCAGAGGAAGUCCUCCGACGCGACAUUGAAGACCUGCUGGCAUCCAGAGGGGUGAAUCUGCAGUCAUCCGACCAUGGGGAGCAGGAACAGCAGGAACAGCAGGAACAGGAGCAGCAGCAGCAGCAGCAGCAGCAGCACGAGCCUCUGCCGCAGCAGGGCACGGAGACGGAAGUAGACGUCGUCGAGCUGUCGUCCACGGGCGACGGCCUCGCCCUGCGGCCCGGCUCGGACCAAGUCUACGUCGUGCCCUUCACCGUGCCCGGCGACGUCGCCCGCGUCAAGGUCCACCGACACGUGCUGCACGAGCACCACACUGUCGCCGACUUUGUCGCCAUUGUCAAGCCGUCGCCCUUGCGGGACGACGCCCGCGUCCGCUGCCGGUACUUUUCCUCGUGCGGCGGCUGUCAGUUCCAGAUGCUCGACUACGCCGAGCAGCUCCGCCUCAAGAAGACGGUGCUCGAAAAGGCCUACCGCAACUUUUCCAGCCUGGCGCCCGGGCUCGUCCCGCCCGUCGGCGACACCAUCGGCAGCCCCCUGGAGUACGGGUACCGCACCAAGCUGACGCCGCACUUUGACGGGCCGCCGGGUUCCCGGCCGGCCAGGAAGAACCGGCCCCGGGGCGCGUUCGAGAGCUGCCCGGACAUUGGCUUCAUGCGCAAGGGGCAGCGGAAAGUGCUCGACAUUGAGGACUGCCCCAUCGGCACUUCGGCCGUGCGGCUCGGCAUGGCGCGCGAGAGAGCCCGCAUGCAGCGCGAGUACCAGAACUACCACCGCGGAGCCACAAUCCUGCUGCGGGAGAAUACCCGCCGCUACCCCAAGGACCAAGCCGCUGCCGCCGCCGCUGCCGCCGCCGCCGCCAUCCGCGCAGGGGAGGAAGCAGGGCCAGAAGCAGAAGCAGGCCAGGCAGAAUCCCAACAGCCCCCCCCCACGACGGACCAACCCGUGCCCUUGACCGCGACCGCGACCGCGACCGCGACCGCGACGACCGAAGUCGAGGCCGAGGACUUUGUCGACGUCAAAUCCUGCGAGACCGACUCCAAGGCCACCACGACCGAGUACGUCGGGGACCACGUCUUCACCAACCCCGCCGGCUCCUUCUUCCAGAACAACAACUCGAUUCUCCCCCGGUUCACCGCCUACGUCCGCGACCGCAUCCUGCCGCCGCCCUCGUCCGGCACCCCCAUCAAGUACCUCAUCGACGCCUACUCCGGCUCCGGCCUCUUCACAAUCACCCUCGCCUCCGCGUUCCAGCACUCCACGGGCAUCGACAUUGCCGCCGACUCCAUCGCGUCCGCCCGCAGCAACGCCUCCCUCAACGGCCUCGGCGACGACCGGUGCAGCUUCAUCGCCGCCGACGCGGGCGAGCUCUUCGGGAGCGUCGCCUACCCCGCCGACGAGACGGUCGUGGUGCUCGACCCGCCGCGCAAGGGCUGCGACGCCGACUUCCUCGCCCAGCUGAGGCGCUUUGCCCCCAGGCGCAUCCUCUACGUAAGCUGCAACGUGCACACGCAGGCGAGAGACGUGGGCGUCCUGGUCAGGGGCGACGGCCAAGGCGCCAGGUACGCCAUCGAGAGCCUGGUCGGGUUCGACUUUUUCCCGCAAACGGGCCACGUGGAGGGCGUGGCGAUACUGAAUCGGUGCGAGGCGCAGUCGGCAGGACACAGCGCUGCUGCCAAAGAUUGCCCUGCAAACAUAUGA